CGCGGCGCCGUGCGCAUGCGCGGCCCGUCCCCGCCGAAGGGUGCGCAGGCGCAGCGCCGCGCGCGGGCCAAGAUGGCGGCCGGGAGCGCGUCGCUCUGGGUCGGGGCGGCCGCGGGGCGCGGGGCGGGGAACGCGCGGCCGCCGCUGCUGCUGCUGCUCCGCGGGCUCCGCGCCCCGCCCGCCCGCGCCCCGCGCCGCCUCCUGCUGCUCCGGGCCGGGCUCUGCGCCGCCGGGACGAAACGCGCUGCCGCCGUCGCCUCCGCCGCCUUCCACAGCAGCGCGGCCCGCGCCAAGGAGGACUAUUACCAGGUGCUGGGGGUGCCCCGCAACGCCACGCAGAAGGAGAUCAAGAAGGCCUAUUACCAGUUGGCAAAGAAAUACCACCCUGACACAAACAAGGAUGACCCCAAAGCGAAGGAGAAGUUCUCUCAGCUGGCAGAAGCCUACGAGGUGCUGAGUGACGAGGUGAAGAGGAAGCAGUACGAUGCCUACGGCACGGCGAGCUUCGAGGCCGGCGCGGCCGGGGCUGGGGCCGGCGCGGGGAGGCAGUACUGGAGCAGCGGCCCCUCCAUCGACCCCGAGGAGCUCUUCAGGAAGAUCUUUGGGGAGUUCUCAGGAUCCCCUUUUGGCGAUUUUCAGACUGUUUUUGACCAGCCACAGGAGUAUAUCAUGGAACUGACAUUCACCCAAGCUGCAAAAGGUGUUAACAAGGAGAUUGUGGUGAACAUCCAGGACUCCUGUGUGCGCUGCGAUGGCAAAGGACACGAACCCGGCACCAAAGCUCAGCGCUGUCACUACUGCAAUGGCACGGGCAUGGAGACGAUCAACACGGGCCCGUUCGUGAUGCGCUCCACGUGCCGGCGCUGCAGCGGCCGUGGCUCCAUCAUCACCACGCCCUGCGUCAUGUGCCGGGGCACGGGGCAGACCAAGCAGAAGAAGACAGUGAUGGUUCCUGUGCCAGCUGGUGUUGAGGACGGGCAGACAGUUCGGAUGCCUGUGGGGAAGAAAGAAAUUUUCAUUACGUUCAGGGUUCAGAAGAGCUCUGUGUUCCGACGAAACGGAGCCGAUAUCCACUCGGAUCUCCCGAUCUCGAUAGCUCAGGCCGUGCUGGGAGGCACAGCCCGGUGUCAAGGCUUGUAUGAGACAAUCAACAUCACGAUACCCCCUGGUAUUCAGCCAGACCAGAGAAUUCGAAUGAGUGGGAAAGGCAUUCCCAAGGUCAACAGCUAUGGCUAUGGAGACCACUACAUCCACAUAAAGAUAAAAAUUCCUCAGAGGCUGACGGAUCGCCAGCGAGCCUUAAUGAUGAGCUACGCCGAGGACGAGGCCGACGUGGACGGCACCGUGAACGGGGUCACCAACACAGCAUCAGGUGGCAGGGCCACGGCUAGCGCUGACGCAGGCGGGGAUAGGCCUGAGGCUCAGGAGAACAAGGAGGGAUUCCUUUCCAAACUUAAGAAAAUGUUUACCUCCUGACACCCCAUCCGAGGAAAGCGUUCUGCUGGGAACUAGGAGCCAGCAGCAGCAGGUCAUCCGUGCAGUUGGGGGUGAAUCUUUCUGGCAGCCAGGCUCUGGAGAACACAGGAUGUCAGUCAGCAGCACAGCAAGAAUCCCAGCUGGAGAGGCCAUGGACCACCGAGGCACCAACACAAACCCCACCCACUGUCCUGAGAACUGGCAGUGAAGGAAAACCAGCUUAGCAGAAGUGUGGCUCUCUGGAGGCUGCUCCACAACCCUACUGCUGCUUGAAGUUUAUUUGGUAAAAGCUAAAGUUGAAGUAUUAUUUAGAAUCCAAACCAGAGGAAAUGUGAAAUAAAUAGUCCAGCACAGAGCAGCAAUUUGCUGUAUGGAGGCCAAGCCCACCAGCUGCUCACUCAGGUGCCCUUUGGAAUGCCAGGUGUGCUUGGUGAACUCUCCAGGAGACUUGGUGGAUCAGGAAGGUCUAACCUUGUCUUCACGACAGCCCUGCUGCCCUGCACAGCUCCAGGUGGAAUCUGCCUGUGGCUGGGUGUUGUCUGAGCCCAGCUGGCCUGGCUCCCUCACAGCCCUGGGCUUUCUCUAUCCUGCUGAUUGCCUGCACAGAGCAGUGAUGGAAUCUGCACUUUGCCUCAAGUUUAUCCCCCAAAUAACUAAAGUUACCACACAACUGCUGUUGCUUCUGGACUGGUACAAGUCGAUCACUGAGCCCUUUGCCAGUUGGGGACAAAAAUCUUUUAUUACUUUAGUGCAACACCCGUAGCGUAAAGGAUUGGUCAAAGCAUCGUUGUUUUACUUGUGUGAGAGUGCAAGUGAGGUGGAUCACUCCUUCCAGAUGGAGCUGAGCUCUUGCAGUGAGUAUUCCAUGGUUACUGUAGCCUGCUGUGUUUGUGAUACUGUGCAGGUACCAUCAGCCACAUACUAAUCAGUUCAACACCAGUUAAACAGGGACGUGCUGUAGUCUUGCCCUUCUUAAUUUGCUGAAAUAAAGCACGCGUUGCCUCCUGAUUAAACUUCUGUAAAGUGAUUCUGUACCCAUGUAAAUAAGAUGGACUUCAUAAAGAUAUUUAACAUGU